ACAGGCUGGUCACGAUGCCCCGGGAGCCGUCACUGACGUGCCAUGUGUGCUGUCCAUGCCCUGCUCUCACACCCCCUCCUGGGUAGAGAGAUGCAGGUCCAGAGGGCACAAUGCAGGGAACAGGUUAUGGGUAGAGCUGGCUGAGAGAGGCAAUGCUGCUGCCAGGGUGAAGUGUGCCCGCUGCAGGAGCCACGAGGGGCAGAGCAAGAAAACAAUAACAAAUGGGUGUAAUAGCCGGCAGGGAGGGGAGGCUGUACUGCCACCUUCACAUGACACCCACACUGCAGACACUGGGCAUCCCUGAUGGUGAGGGCAGGAUCAGUGGGUGAGGGCUCCCAUGUUUACAAGCUGUCAGUGUACAAUGUGCAAAUGUCCAGACUGUCACGAGGAGGUCUCUCUGUGCCCCAGGCUGUCACUGCAAGUGGAGGUCUCUCUGUGCCCCAGGCUGUCACUGCAGGUGGAGAUCUCUCUGUGCCCUGUCCAGGCUGUCACUGCAGGUGGAGGUCUCUCUGUACCCCAGGCUGUCACUGCAGGUGGAGGUCUCUCUGUGCCCCAGACUGUCACUGCAGGUGGAGGUCUCUCUGUGCCCCAGACUGUCACUGCAGGUGAAGGUCUCUCUGUGCCCCAGACUGUCACUGAAGGUGGAGGUCUCUCUGUGCCCCAGGCUGUCACUGAAGGUGGAGGUCUCUCUGUGCCCCAGACUGUCACUGAAGGUGGAGGUCUCUCUGUGCCCCAGGCUGUCACUGAAGGUGGAGGUCUCUCUGUGCCCCAGGCUGUCACUGAAGGUGGAGGUCUCUCUGUGCCCCAGGCUGUCACUGAAGGUGGAGGUCUCUCUGUGCCCCAGACUGUCACUGAAGGUGGAGGUCUCUCUGUGCCCCAGGCUGUCACUGAAGGUGGAGAUCUCUCUGUGUCCUGUCCAGGCUGUCACUGCAGGUGGAGGUCUCUCUGUGCCCCAGGCUGUCACUGCAGGUGGAGAUCUCUCUGUGUCCUGUCCAGGCUGUCACUGCAGGUGGAGAUCUCUCUGUGUCCUGUCCAGGCUGUCACUGCAGGUGGAGAUCUCUCUGUGCCCCAGGCUGUCACUGCAGGUGGAGAUCUCUCUGUGCCCCAGGCUGUCACUGAAGGUGGAGAUCUCUCUGUGCCCCAGGCUGUCACUGAAGGUGGAGAUCUCUCUGUGUCCUGUCCAGGCUGUCACUGCAGGUGGAAAUCUCUGUGUCCUGUCCAGGCUGUCACUGCAGGUAGAGGUCUCUCUGUACCCCAGGCUGUCACUGCAGGUGGAGGUCUCUCUGUACCCCAGGCUGUCACUGCAGGUGGAGGUCUCUCUGUGCCCCAGGCUGUCACUGCAGGUGGAGGUCUCUCUACAUGGGUCUCAAAAACACUGCCACUUAUCUCCAAGUUACAAAUGUGCCUCUCAUUUUAGCAAGAAUAUUGAGUCUAAUUUAACUUCAGACUAUCACAGCUGAUGGAGAUGUCUCUCUAUCUGCCUGGCAGUCUCAGCUGGAGGGGUUUCCAUUCCAGAAUGUCUCAGAUGCUGGAGAGGUGUCUAUAUCACACAGGCUGUCAGCUAAUUGAGACGUCUUUAGCUGAUGGAGAGGUCUCUCUAGUUUCCAAGCUGUCUCAGUUGAUGAUAUCUCAGUUUAUGGAGAUAUUUCUCUGUAUCUCCCAGGCUGUCUCAGCUGAUGUAGAGGUCUCUAUUCUCCAGGCUGAUGGAGAUGUCUCUAUCUUCUAGGGUCUCUAAGCUGAUGGAGGUCUUUCCAUCUUCUAGGGUCUUUCAAUUGACAAGUCUCUCGCAGGCAGUCUCAGUUGAUGGAGGUCUCUCUUGUAGGGUCUCAGUUGAUGGAGGUCUCUCUUGUAGGGUCUCAGUUGAUGGAGGUCUCUCUUGUAGGGUCUCAGUUGAUGGAGGUCUCUCGCAGGCAGUGCCAGCUGAUGGAGGUCUCUUGGUGUGUAGUGAUGGAGGUCUCUCGCAGGCAGUCUCAGCUGAUGGAGGUCUCUCGGUGUGUAGUGAUGGAGGUCUCCCCUUCCUUCCUCCAGGUGGCCUGUACACCGCUGUCUGUCUUGCGCAGCUCGGAUGGAGGAUACACACAGGAAUCCCCGCUCGUCGGUUUGUUUUUCUCCGGUUCUCCCCUCCCCCUCAGCUCCCGGCUCUGCGGGUGGAUGUCCGGCCGGGCCGUGUACCGGGGUGUCAGCUGGUGAUCGUCCCGAUGUCCCCUUCUCCCUUCCCUCUGGCCUGUAACAUUGUAUCAGGCACCAUUCACUCUCCCCCUCUCUAAGAGCAAUAGCAAAGGGGAGGGGGGGCAGGAGGGAAGCCUAUAACCCCCCCACGCAUGCCCAUUUACCGCUCUCCUCUCCCAUUGGCUGCCGGGGCCGUGUCAUUCACAUGCA